UUGCCGGUCUUCUCAAAUGGCGAAUGCUCGAAGCGGGCCGCGGUGCCCACUGGUGACCAGAUCGGUGUGUCAAAUGGCUAUCUCAAAGGCGAACAGUCCCCGCCCAACGCUGCUGUUUCUCCAUCCUCGCCGACUGCCGACUUCUCAGAUUUCACUGAUGAUGAUGACGAUGACGAGGGCGAAAAAAACGACCUGGACGAACUGUUUGCAGUCGGUAACGCGCCGAGACGUACUCAGUGGCGCAAGCCUUGGUCCCUGUCCUGCUGUUAUCCUCGGGACAACAAAGGCGUCUACCGGAAUCUUUCCCAACCCAAACGGUGGAAACGUCGCUCCUACUCCUGGGGUCUGGAGUACGUUGCCAUGGUCGGCGACGGCAUAAACGAUGGGCCCGCACUAGCGCAGGCUGACGUUGGAAUUGCCAUUGGUUGCGGAGCUGACGUGGCGGUGGAGGCCGCUGAUGUGGUUCUCCUACGAGACAAUCUGGUCGACGUGCUUGCGGCUAUCAGUCUGUCUCGCACAACGAGGGCAAUGGCAGGUAACACCGGGGACGUCAUCUAUAGCAAAAUCCCCAAGAAACUUCAUGGACAAUACGAAUAUCACGAAUCUCAAUACGGCUACGGCGUCCCCGGGAAGCGACGCGCUUCGUGGUCUUCUGGUGCCCGGAGUGCCAAAUAUGCUAGCCAGUGCUCUCAACUUUAA